AUGUUGUCGCCCAUUGAUUGGAGCCAUACUAUGCCGUUCCGGGACCCGGGAACCGUCCUCUUACUCGGCCAGAUCGACCGUGGCUUGGCUGGCGACUUUGCUUUCGACGCUUCUUCCCCGCCUGCAUGGCUACUUUCUCUGGACGGCAACAACGAUGUUUGCGUGGCUCGAGAUUACAACUGGAGCGUCCUCCGAAUUGCAGGUCCUUCAGAAGGCGAAGGGGGAGAACCGGAGCUCGAGGAGGAGGUUUUCGACACUGACCGAAAGUAA